AUGGCGUCACUCUCAACUAUGUCAAGUGUUUUGGAAAAGUUUAAUCUCGGCUGUCAUAUUGAAAAAUUUAGAGAAAAAAUCACUCCUGAUAUAGUUCGCCACCUUUCAUUGUAUGAAUUCAAUAAGUUGGGAAUUAACAACGUCAGCGAUGUGAUGGCUUUGCGAAUUGAGUGUACCAAAUAUGGAAUUGGAAAACCAACAAGCCAGCGAGAUGAAUUUGGUAAUUUGAAAUAUGAAAUCCCAAAGGAAGUGCUUCAAAGUUACCUUGAAGAAGAUUUUAAAAUUUCAGAAAUCGCGACAAUGUUUUCUGUAUCGCAAAGUACGAUAUAUCGUAGAAUGAGAUUUCACGGUUUAAGUAAAUUAGGCUUUUCUGAUAUUUCUGACGAACGGUUAGACACCUAUGUGAGAAGUAUUGCAAAAGAUUUUCCAUUAUGCGGGGAGGUAAUGAUUAAGCAGCUUCUCAGGGGAAAGGGUAUAAAAGUUCAAAGAAUGCGAUUACGCGAUUCUAUUCAUCGAGUAGAUGAAUGUGGAGUUCAAGCAAGAAAAAAAGGAAGAUUGCAUCGUAGAGUAUAUAACGUCAAAGGCCCAAAUCAAUUAUGGCAUGUGGAUACCAAUCACAAAUUGGUGCGUUGGAAUUUUAUAAUUGUUGGUGGCAUAGAUGGAUUUAGUCGUCUGCCCGUCAUGUUGAGCUGCACAAAUAACAACAAGGCUGAGACUCUCCUGUCGUGUUUUGUUAAUUCUGUUUCCGUCCGAGUAUGGUCUACCCAACAGAGUAAGAACAGAUAAAGGUCUAGAAAAUGUUGCUAUAGCAGAUUACAUGAUAGAAAAGAGGGGUAGUAAUGGUGGUAGCAUAAUCACUGGGCGAAGUACGCACAACCAGCGCAUUGAAAGGCUGUGGCGGGAUGUAUUUCAAGGAGUAUUGAGCUAUUAUUACCAUUUAUUCUACUUUCUUGAGGACCAGAAUUUUCUUGAUCCAAUUAAUGAUAAGCACAUUGCUGCACUGCAUUAUGUGUACAUGAAUGAAAUUAAUAGCAAGCUAAAAUUGUGGCAAAGAGCAUGGAGCAAUCACCGUAUGCGUACUGUACGCUCCAGUCCAUUGAGAUUGUGGAUUGCAGGUCAAGUCCAAAAUCCUGUUGGAUUUCAGCUUUCAGUUGAUGAAUUGCAGUUUUAUGGAGUAGAAGGUCUUGAAGACAUUGGUGGUGAGCAAGAGGAACCAGGCCGACCAAUUUUUUCACCUCCAAUCCUUGAACUUACUGACGACUGCAUAACAAACCUCAACUCUAUUACAUCCAGUCAAAGUGACUACAAUGUAGGUAAAUACAUGAUGGCUCUUGAAGUAAUUGAACGACACACAAUUGGAAAUUAA